AUGACUCGCCAAAUUAUUAUUGCCGUCGCCCUUGUUUUCUUGGCCGUCGUUGGGGCCUAUGCGGCCCAUACUAAGCCAUCCCCUAAGGGGGAAUCAUCGGCGUCCCCCUCCUCCUCCCCCACCUCAUCUCCCUCCUCGGGCAGCGCCGGCUCCACCGGCCACCAUAGAGGCCAUGCUCCUCCUUCACUAGACGCUCCCGCACCGGCACCAUCGGAUUCUAAUUCUCUCAAAGCCUCCGGCGUCAUUGGGGUUGCCACCGGUGUUGCCGGACUCUUCUUUUUCAUUUAA